AUGGCAUCUGUCCCGAGCGUCGGAAAGCCUGAAGUGCUGCCGGAGUGGAUGCAUUGUGAUGUGCAGUCAUGCAGACUAUUGGAGGAGGUGAGUGGACAAAUUGCAUCCGACUGCCGCAUCUUCGGUGAUCAUCUGCAGGGUGUCUGUGGGGGUGCAAUGAAGCGGCUGCAGGCAGAGGCUGGUACUCCACUCGCGGCUUCAGUUGACGAUUGCACGGACUUCCUGUCCACCUUUGCGAACCUCAGCACAGCGCUGCUGGCUGUCGCGGUGGACCUGGAGCGGAUGGUCCUCGAACCCCUUGGCAGGACGAUCGCGACGUUGGUCGAAGAGAGCACUGGCCGCGCGAAACACCUGCAGCAGGUGAGGAGGCGUUUCGCAGAGCUGCAGGAACGGUAUGCAAGAACUCGACAAAAGACCUUAGACGCGAAGUGCAAGCUUGCAGGAGGUGAAGGUGACAAGCGAUGGCGAUGGCGAAAGUCGACUGAGAAGACGGCGGUGGACCAGCACACGGCCGUGUGUGACCUUGCUCGGUGCGAAGAGGAGCUCUUGGAAAGUGAGGCUUGUCUUCGCAAGCUGGAGGACGACAGUCGGGAGCGCCUGCAGCAACUCGACUGUGAAAAGAAGGCCACCCUUCGGCGAGUCUUGCAGCAGGGCAGAUCGUCCCUGCGACGACUCCUGCGGGUUGCUGACAAGGUACCGCCACUGGACGACUUCCAAGGAGUCAUGCCUGGAGCAGACAAUGCCUCAGCAUGCUUGCAAGAGGUGCAGACAGAUGCCCUGCAGUCUCCCAGAGGUCACGCCUUGCCAGCCGAGCCCGAGGUGUGCGAGAACCUUGAAGAGACUGGCACUUUACAGGAGCUCAAGCCUUGUGAAGACAGGUUUGCUCGCUAUUUACCAGGUCCGGACCUCGAAGAUGCGGACGCGGACGCUGAUGAGAGGGACGUCGAGGUGAGUGCCGCUGCCAGGGCGGCUGGAUGGUCUCCUGAUUCGUCGUGCUCGAGGAGCCGACGAGGAGGGUCUGGACGGCUGGUCUUCGAAAGUGAGGCCUCCUUGCAUGUCCUGAAAGCUCCGCCCAGACAAGGAAGCUUGGUACGAGAAGCUCCAAGUCAGCCUUUGCAAGGCAAGGGUGAAGGUACGGGACCAUCAAGUGCAACACAAGCAGAGGGUGCGGAAGCCGACACCGAUGAUGAUGACUUGGGGGACUUGGGCCGCUCCGGGCUGGCGGCGCCGUCUACAAGCGACGUGGAGCUUCAGCUGUCGCCUCUGAUUGCGGAGCAGCCGCAACGAAUCAUCGAGCGCUACAUGAAGCGUCUUCCGGAGAACUUGGCAGCAGCUGCUGAGACCAGUUGGGACAAGCUACAAGGGCGUGCCGCGGAGCAGCCUCUGGGAAGCCUGGUCGGUAAGUUGGAGGUCUUCUGGAUACAUCAGCCAGGCAGAGCUGCCUCGGCGGAGUCUGCAGAUGGCCUCGUAUGCUUUCAGUUUGUGCAAGGCCACGCUGCUCACUACGCCCGGAUACUGCACCUCUCGGUGGCCCCCCAGGAUGGAAUUGGUUGGCCGCAGGCACUUCGCGCGGCCAUUGCUCAAGUCCGACGAUUCAUUUUCACCACGCUCCCGGUACAAAGUCUGAGGGUCGUGGUCUUGGCAGCAGAGGACGACGACAAGCGAAUCUGCAUCGAUCGUGAUGUGGAGAUUGCCUACAAGCAUUGCCACUUUCGCUGGUUUCAGCUCACGCAAAGACUGCGAAGAGCCAAAUCAGCAUUUCUACGCCAUCGCAAAUCUGCACGUUCAGUACGGUUUCUGGUCCUGCAUUCGCCCCGAAUGGAUGAGGACCCUCCUGCCCCUCGCGAUGCCAUAGGCACCAAGCCGGCUUUGAAGCUGCAGAGCCAAAAUUCACAGGAGGAGGAUGCGGAGAAGUGCGAGAUGGGUGCUUGUCAGGGUUCCCAUCCUGGUGCACAAGAAGAGCUGGAAGAAUUGAGCUUCACUGCCUGGUAA